AUGGGAAAAUCCAAGAAACGUAAGAGGCCACAUUCCCGAGAUCGGCUAGCGAGCCUCGAGGACAAAUUAUCGCGUCUGAUUGACGUGAUCGAGCAGAGAGAGGUUAAGGCGCUCCGGCGGACUUCGGCUGGAACGCGGAUACCCUCAUAUUCGAGUCACCAGUCUUCUCCAGGAGUGCAGUCGGAGACGGAAAGCGAUACAGCCGAUCUGGAGAUCGACCCUAAUCAGUCCGGCCGUUGUCGGUUGUGUACGUGCUCCGUGCUUUCCGGAUCUAUAUUUGGAAAAUAUAGGCGGAAAAAUCGACACAGCCUCCCGUUCAUUCGGAAUAACCUCGUCGGUUUUACAGGUUCCCCCAGGGGAGGUAACGUAACCUUUGUACAGUUAGAUAACAGUCAGCCCACGGUUACCCCGACGGAGGAUGACUCGCUUACCCGCGAGCUGUUCGCUUCUGAGCUUGUGCCGGUGGAGGUACCUUCCUGGAAUGACUUAGUCACCGACAAAUGGCGCGACCUUUCGCACAAGGGCCUCCCCGCUGAGCAGCGGGACUCUUUAUUACAAAAAUAUUCUGUAAUCAAGAGGGACGAGUAUCACAGCAAGGACCAGAAUCAGGUGGGCAUCGUCCUGUGUGCGCUGGGUGAGGCAAUAUCAGAGCUGCUUAAGCCGGAACUGCAGCGAUCUCUCGUUCCGGAAGCACGCUCAGCGGUGCUGAAAAUCAACGAAGGUGCAAAGAUCCUGGCGGAUCUAUUCUAUCGUCCCUCACUGUCUCGGCGGGCACAGAUCAUGCCCACUCUAAAUCUGAUCCCUAAGAACACAGCAGACAACCUCCCAGUAAAUGACUUUCUUUUCGGUACAGACUUCGGAGAAGAGCUGAAGAAAGCAUCUACUCUGGAAAAAACAAGUAGGGCUUUCGUUAAAACCCCACUACCAGUAUCGCGGAAGGUGCAGCAGCCUAUUAAGCAGCCAUUCCAUGCUGCCCCCUCUACUUCAAAGACGGGAAACGCCCGGGCCCCUGCGACAUCACAAUUCUCGGCAACAAGGAGAGCAGGGGCAUCGACAAGCAGUCGCCGGACACCGUAUCGCUCCCGAUCUCGAUCGAGGAGACGAUAACUUCUGAACAGGUAACUAGCGCUGGCAGGCUGGCACCUUUCUUUCCUCAAUGGAAAGAACUAACCUCAGAUCCAGAGAUUCUACAAGCUAUCUCAGGAUAUCGACUCCCCUGGUGCCGCAGCCCACCCCGUCAAACCACGGAACCCUCGGGGCACAUGUCCAAGAGAGAACAGGAGAAUUGCAACCGAGAAAUCAUUCGGCUUUACAACAAGGGAGCAAUUGAAUUGGUCACUGAUUGCGAAGACCAAUUCUUAUCCCCUUUUUUUCUGAUAGAGAAAUCCUUGGGAGGAUGGCGUUUCAUCCUAAAUCUGAAGCGUCUGAAUGAAUUUAUUGUCGCUCCUCACUUCAAACUCGAAGAUUGGAAGACGGUGGUUCACCUCCUCUCUCCUGGGGAUUUCCUCGCAUCCGUGGAUUUGGAGGAUGCAUAUUUGCUCAUACCAAUUCACCCUGAGGACAGGAAAUAUUUACGUUUUCGUUUUCAGGAUCGCCUUUUCCAAUUCACUGUUCUACUAUUCGGACUUGCCUCAGCUCCGUACAUCUUCACGAGGAUUCUAAAACCAGUGAUUCAAACCCUCCGCGAGAGGGGUUUCCUGUCAGUAAUCUACUUAGAUGAUUUCCUCCUUCUCGCACCAUCUUACCAUCGAUGCAUGAGGAACGUUUCUGCAACUCUCAGCCUCUUAACUACACUAGGUUUUGCGAUUAACCAUCAUAAAAGCAUUCUUGCCAACACAAUCUUGUAGCUUUCUAGGAUUUAUUUUUGAUACUCGGAGUUUUUCUAUUUCAAUCCCGCAAGACAAAAGAGACAAACUGCUACGGCUAACUCUAUCUAUACGAAACAAGCGAUCAUGUAAGAUUCGCUACUUUGCUAGCUUUAUUGGCUCGGUUAUCUCAGUUUGUCCAGCCGUUAAGUACGGUAUGCUCCAUACUAAGGGCUUGGAAAGAGAAAAGGUCUUAGCUCUCUUGGCGGCGGAGGACAACUUUGAAGCUCAAAUGUUGAUACCAGCCUCAAUUAGUGAAGACCUAAAAUGGUGAACAGACGUUUUCAGAAACGCUUCCCAGCAUAACAUUAUCAGUUCAGGAUGUUUCGCACUCGAAAUAUUUACGGACGCCUCCUUGACAGGUUGGGGUGCAGUCUGCGGGGAGGCCAGCACACGUGGGUUCUGGUCCCCCGAAGACAAGAAACAUCAUAUUAAUUAUUUCGAGCUAUUAGCUAUUUUCCAUGCCUUGAGAUGUUUCGCUUCUCACUUGAGUGGAUGCAACGUUCUUUUACGCGUCGAUAAUAUGACUGCUCUCUCCUAUAUUAACCGUAUGGGUUCAAUUUCAUUCCCCCAUUUGUCGGCUCUGGCCCGUCAAAUCUGGUGUUGGUGCGCAGACCGGGAUCUAUUUAUUUACGCGGCGUAUAUCCCUUCGGUUCAGAAUAUAGAAGCAGACUUUCAAUCACGGGUAGUCUCCAUGGAAACGGAAUGGUCGCUUUCACAAAAUCAUUUUCACCGAAUUAAUUCCACUUUCGGUCCCUUCGAUAUUGAUCUAUUUGCCUCGUCGAUCAAUACGAAAUGCGCUCGAUUUGUCUCGUGGUUCCCUGACUGUUUAGCACAAACGAUUGACGCCUUUUCCCUAGAUUGGAAAAAUAUUACUUUUACGCCUUUCCGCCCUUCAUCCUGAUUCUACGAGUACUACGCAAAAUCAUCUCCGACAGGGCGGAGGGGGUAUUGGUGGUCCGUGGUGGCCGGCACAACCAUGGUUUCCCCUAUUCAGACAACUUGUUUUAGACCAACCAAUUGACUUCAAACCGGAUAUUAAUAUGUUAUCAUCUCCUUUCAGCCCGAUCCACCCUGCAUGGACCAAGAUUCACCUGGUGGUCGCGAGAUUGUCCGCCAAGCGUUUCUGAAGAAAGGAACAUCGGACACUGCGAUUGAGGCAAUGCUCGCAAUGCUCGCAUCGCUCUCAAACGCUACGCUAGCCCAAUACUCCAAGCCUCUUAUUGUUGGCACACUAUGGUGGCAGUUUUGCACAGAAAGACAGGAAGAUCCCUUUGGUGCAUCCAUUCCUGCAAGUUUUAGAAUUCUUGUCUACUUAUCUCGAGACCACCGGGUCUUAUUCUCCCCUAAAUACGUAUCGCUCAGCGAUCUCUCUAAUUUCGGCAGAGAAGGUGGGAUCUCACCCUGUUGCGAAUGUACCCUAUUGGCUAACGCGAUCGUUCAAGGAUAGGUAGGUAGAGGCGCUAUGCGAAUUUUAGUUAUGAAGGGAAGAUAGAUGGCGCGUCGUAAAGAAAGUAUGGUACAAGAUCCGAGCCGAACUAGAGAGUCCAUGGUCACGUCGUGUGGGUAUGUGCAACGUUCGUACAGAGACUAAGAAAUGUAAAGUAAACCAAUAAAACGUGAAGAGAAAGUAAGUGAUCUCAGGCAUAUCCAGACCACAAAACGUACAUGGUCCUUCGAGCCGGAUUCAGCCGGAUUCAGCUGGAUAUUCUACGUCUCGACGAGGAACGAACAGCACAGGCCACGACUGCAUAUGGCGUCGCACGAACGUGCGUGGGCUAAGUCGUAAUUUAAGCGGUCGUACGAACGGACAUGUGAAUUCACAUAAACGGAUCGCAGUCUACGCAGCGUC